AGGAAUAUCCAGACGAUGCUGAGCUGAUUGGUCCGGAAGAUGAAGAACUGUUGGACUCGGCUCCAGCUGCCCGAGACUUGGAUGCACGCCGGAGGAUUAAGGAGUUUAUGGAACAAGACGAAGAAGAGAUUGAGCGCUACUAUCAAGAACGUUAUGAAAAUAGAAAUUAUGCUGACAGAUUUGGAGAUGGUGAGGCUAUGGCUGAUAGUAUUGUCCAAAAGGAACGUCUACCUGGAAUUAAAGAUCCCAAUUUGUGGUCUUUGAGAUGUAAAAUGGGUGAGGAAAAAGCCACUAUUCUCGCUUUGAUGAACAAAUUCAUCGCUUACCAAUAUUCGGAUACGCCGCUACAGAUCAAGUCUGCAUUCGCCAAAGAAGGCCUCAAAGGAUAUAUUUACGUGGAAGCAUUUAAGCAAACUCACGUCAAACAAGCUAUUGAGGGAAUUUCCGCACUGCGUCUGUCAACUUAUAAACAGCAAUUGGUUCCAAUAAGCGAGAUGACUGAGGUCUUCAGAGUUGUCAAGGAAUCUGGUGAAGUGAAAGCCGACCAGUGGGUUCGUAUAAAAUCUGGCCUGUAUCGCAAUGAUCUAGCCUUGGUUGAAUACGUGGAAGACGCUCAGAAUUUAAUUGGCUUGAAGUUGAUUCCUCGAAUUGAUUAUGAUCGUCGGCGUGGGCGUACUGUUGCUGAGGAGGAAGACAACAAAUUCAAACGUUUCAAACGUCCUGCUCAGGCUUUGUUCAUGUCCAGCAAAGUUCCUGAUCGAGUCCAGCGAGAUGGUUCGUAUAUGAUAUUCGAGGGCAAUCGUUACGACCAUUUGGGUUUCCUUCAUAAAGCAUUCCGCAUGAAUACUGUGGUGAGUUUAUUUAUCGUGUGCACUCCUUAUUGCGCAACGGUUGGUUUAUUAAGCCCACGAUCAUAUCAUCUUGAUAUUGUACCAAAGCCUGUUACAUCGGACAGGUGUUAUGUGAUAAACUACACGAUCACAGAAAGUGUGGUGUGUCAAUGA